AUGAAUAGUGAUGAGAUAUUACCGAAGAUGCUUGAUGCAGUAGUUGUCGGUGCAGGUUUUUCAGGACUUUACAUGUUAUAUUGCUUACGUGAACAAGGUUUUUCAGCAAAAAUUCUUGAGGCUGGUGAUGGUAUUGGUGGCACAUGGUAUUGGAAUCGUUAUCCAGGCGCUCGUUGUGACGUUGAAAGCAUACAAUACUCAUAUUUAUUCUCGGAAGAAUUAGAAAAAGAAUGGAAAUGGUCGGAAUUAUUCGCUUCGCAGCCGGAAAUCUUACGUUAUCUCAAUUAUGUUGUUGAUAAAUUUGAUCUUCGUAAGGAUAUUCAACUCGGUACUCGAGUGAAUGCGGCAUUUUUCGAUGAGACUCAUUCACGUUGGGAAAUACAGACAAAUCAAAGAGAUCGACUCUUCGCCAAAUUUUGUAUCAUGGCCACCGGUUGUGUCUCGGCAACAAAUAUUCCACAAAUAAAAGGACUUGAUGUCUUCAAUGGUAAUCACUAUCAUACAAGUAGAUGGCCACAUAAUAAUAUUUGCUUUAAUGGACGCCGUGUGGCCGUCAUUGGCACUGGUUCAUCUGGCAUACAAUUGAUUCCGAUCAUCGCUGAACAAGCAGAUCAUGUCUUUGUAUUUCAACGAACACCAAAUUUCAGUAUUCCAGCUCGCAAUGGCCCUCUCAAUGCUGAAUACGAACAAAUUGAUCUUCAAAAAGGAUCGAUCGAUGAAAUAACACCUAAUGGUAUUCGUAUUAAGGAGAAAAUCUACGAAGUGGAUGAUAUUGUUUUUGCGACUGGAUUUGAUGCAAUGACUGGAGCUUUACUGCAAAUUGAUAUUCGUGGUCGUUCUGACAAGACACUUCGAGACAAAUGGGCAGAAGGACCUCGCACCUAUCUUGGUUUGAUGGUGGCCAAUUUUCCGAAUUUAUUCAUUAUCACCGGUCCUGGUAGUCCAUCGGUACUGACCAAUAUGCCUCGUGCUAUCGAGCAACAUGUCGAUUGGAUAGCUGAAUGUCUCAACUAUCUUCGUACGCAUCAUUACGAUACGAUCGAACCGCAGCCUCAUAAAAAUUCAUAA